ACUUGUGCGUAAUUUGUACCAUUCGCUACUAUGGGAGGCAGUGGUGAUCAUGGUCAUGAUGGCCAUGAUGAUGUUACUAGGGAAGAGCUCUUCAAAGAGUUCAAACCAAGCAUUAAGUACCGAUUUACUAGUAUCGUUGGGUCAAUAAUUGACAAACCUGUCUCUCUUUUUCGCGAACAAGUUGUUAACAGAGUUCGCACUCCAUACCCAUAUUAUCAUAAGCGGUACGACCGUGUUCCAACGAUUGACCAGUGUUUAACUAAUGACUUGGCUUGCAUCGAGGAGGCCAAUCAGCAAUUUCAUAGGGACCGGUUAGUGGAUCUCAAUAUAGUUCGUAUUCUGCGAAAACGCAAAAAUGAAUGUAUGCGCUGGUACAGUUAUCAAAAAGAAGAUGUUUAUCAAUUUUGUGGUCCUAUGUUCACUGAAUAUGAAGAUGCAGCCGUCAACUACUACAUUAAAUAUGGAGAAUUACACUGGUCAACAAGUGUUGUUGAUGCUUUUAUGAAACAGAAACAUCGUUUACUAUGGGAAAAACGUUACGGCCCAGUUGGUAAAACCUCUGAUGAGAAAAAGAAACUAGCUGAAGCUGGUGAUAAAGCAACUAAAGAGGGAAAUUUCAUUUCGAAAAUACGAGAAAUUGGGUUUAGUAGAGAUAUACCGAAAGAAAUUCAUCUGUAGUUUACUGGAAUUCAAUGGAGAACCAUUAAAAAACUGCGGUCACCAGACAGUUGUAAGUGGACGUUUACAACCCCACCGGAGACUGAGUCCAGGACCUUCCGUCUUUGUGGUAAUCCUGUUACUCAUUAGACUGCUAGGUUUGAAUUCAGUGGCCCACAUUCCCGAAUUCAACCGAUCCCUGACAUAAUUCUGACCCUUUUUACAUGUCUACAACAUAAAAGUGUAUUCUUUGUUAUCCACACAAUGCUGAUUUAAAUCGAACAAAUCUUUUGAGGAUCAAAUUACUUUUCGAUGUACCUCUACUUUUGUUAUAUGAAGCAUACGUUGGCGUUAUACAUACUCCCAAGUUGUGGUUCUCAUUGAUAAAUCAAUGUUUUCCUGUUGUGUUUUAAAGCACUUGUGAUUGGACAGCCGACUUUCGAUUGUAGCGUUUUAGAUUCAAAUCUCGCCUUAUUUUCAGUUUGUUGUUGUUGCUGGUACUCAUAAAAAUACAGGUUAUUCAAACCUAAGUACACAAACCUGUUUGUUUUAGUUAUGUGUUAACAGUUAUUUUUCUCUGCAUUUAGAAUUCGUAUCUUAAGUGUAAAAAAUAAAAGAUGUAGUAGGACCUCAGUGUAUAAUCUUGUAAAAUACCCAUCUCUAUGCCUCUUUCACUUGGAGGGGCAGGGAUUUGUGUUUAGGGCAUUCGACUCUCAGCCACCAAGUCCCUGAUCCGAACACUAUUCUGUCUACUUCAGUUUAGAUAACCGGAAAUAUCAAUUUACUCCUCACACUCAGAGUGUAGCUGGAACUUAAUCACUGGACAGAUGAGUUAACUUAUUAUUGCCAUCGUCUUUUUAUUUUUCUUAAAAAAAAUCUAGGUAGCUCCAAGUGUUUAUUAUUACCGAACUUCAAAGAUGGAUAUGCUACAAUUCUCGUCUGGUUAUAGCCUACUGGAAUACUUCUUCCUGCUUAUUAUCAUGCUUGCCGAAUAGGUUUUCUCUUAAAAAAGAUAGUCUUCAGAUUCUUCAUUGAACCUGCUGACUUUCUAACAAUGUUGUUUAAUAUUACAUAUGCAUAGUCUUCUUCAUUACGUAAUCUAACUGCACACCUAAUCAUUUGUGUUUCUUCUUUGUCCCUAACAAAGAAUAUUCUUAGGUUUAAAAAUUUCAAUUUGUGACAAAUAAUAGUGACAGUAUAAAAAGUGUUGAUUUUUCGGUUUGUCUCGUCAUCUUCAGUAGCUGAUCCAAUUAUCAUUUAGUCAGAUUAUUGAAUCAAUUUUAAAACAAGAUUAAUUUGUAAUAUAGGAGAACUUAUGAUGUAUAGAGGCAGUUCUCAAGACUAAAGAUUCCUGAGAUUUGUCGAAAAAUUGUUGACUUCACGGCACAACAAGUAAAUGUGAAACAAUUUUCGAAAAUCCUAGGUGUUUACUAAUUUGAUUUUUUUAUGUGUUGUUAAAUAAGCUGAACGGGAUGAUUCGGGUAUGAAGAAG